AUGCUCGAUACGUUUGAGAUACUCACCACCUCAGGAGUCGUGCUUUGGUCCCGCACCUAUGUCCCUGUCGGCGCAAACGUCAUCAACAGCCUGAUCCGAGACGUCUUCAUUGAAGAGCGCAUCCAGCCCCAGGCCGACGAUACCGGUUCCAAGCCAGCGUACAAAAAAGAUGGUUAUACUCUCAAAUGGACUGCCGCAAAGGAUGUUGGGCUCAUUUUUGUCGCCGUAUACCAGAGCCUUGUUCACCUCACAUGGAUAGACAAACUCCUCGAUAACGUGCGCGCCCUAUUCAUCGGCCUUUAUGGCGACAAGCUCCAGUCAGACAGCAGUGUGGUCAACUGCGACAAGUUUGGCUCCUACUUCGAUCGCCAGAUGCACGAGUUGGAAGGCGCAAGCGAUUCGGGCGCCCCCAGCAUCAAGCUCACAACCCCAGAGUCAAGCACAGAUAAUGACAGUGCCGACGACACUGCUGUCAAGCCUGUGGGCUUGCAAAAACCCCAACGACCCUUAUACGAUACCAGCGCCGAUUCAACGCCAGUGCCUACCCCGGACACUUCGAGGCCCACCACUCCAGCACAGAGCCAGUUGCUUACAGGCAAAGCAAGACCGAUUGGAGGCAAAAUGUCUCGGAGGGAUAAGAAGAAAGCCUCGGCUUUCAGCUCUGCGCCUGUGUCGUCGGGUGACGAGGCGUCGGCCAAGAAAAAGGGAAAGGCUUCCGCAAAAAAGGGCAGGGUGUGGGGCGAGUUUGGCGCGGAGGAAGAGGACGACUCUAUCCUCGAUUACUCUCAGUCAGACGUACAGGGUGACGCAUCAGGAAAUGAAGCAUUGGAAGAGAUCAAGCAGGAGACAUGGGGUCGCAAAACUAACAAGGGCGAGUUUGUGCUCAAGGACCUUGACGAUGAGAUGGAUGCUAUUAUCGCAGCCCAAAAUGCAAAGAGGGACAAGGACACACCGGCUGCAGCUGGCGGCCUGGUUGGGUCAAGCCUAGGCGCAAUCGGCGGCCUGUUUAGGAAUGUGGUAGGCGGCAAGACACUGACCAAGGAAGAUCUUGCCAAGCCUCUCAAGGGCAUGGAAGAGCAUUUGUUGCGCAAGAACGUUGCGCGCGAAGCAGCAGUACGACUAUGCGAAAGUGUGGAGCGUGACCUUGUGGGCAUCAAAACACCCAGCUUUACUACCAUCGAGACAACGAUCAAGUCGUCAAUGGAGAAAGCCCUUACCAAGAUACUUACCCCGACUUCUUCCCUUGACCUGCUUCGCGAAAUCCAGCACACGAAUUCUACUACCACUCGCCCCUACGUACUGUCCAUUGUUGGCGUCAACGGAGUUGGAAAGUCGACGAACCUCUCUAAGAUUGCGUUUUUCCUGCUGCAAAACCAUCAUCGUGUGCUCAUCGCAGCAGCGGAUACCUUCCGUUCUGGCGCGGUGGAGCAACUACGGGUACACGUCGAUCGAUUGAAGGAGCUAUCCCAAAGAGAAGGCGGGCACGUCGAUCUGUUUGAAAAGGGUUACGGCAAGGAUGCCGCUAACAUUGCUGCCGAUGCCGUAACUUUUGCGACCAAGAACAACUUCAACGUGGUCCUCAUUGAUACGGCAGGUCGGCGCCACAACGAUCAGCGACUCAUGUCGUCGCUCGAGAAGUUUGGCAAGCUAGCCAACCCUGACAAGAUCCUCAUGGUCGGCGAAGCCCUCGUCGGCACAGACUCUGUCGCUCAGGCCCGGAACUUCAAUGCCUCUUUUGGCCCAGGACGAAAUCUCGAUGGCUUUGUCAUUUCAAAGUGCGACACCGUGGGAGAUAUGGUGGGCACGCUUGUGUCGAUGAAAACACCUCCAGCAGGCCAGGGUUUCCUAGGCUGGGUUAAGAAAUUCACCAACUUGAGUGACGAAUACGUCCUCAAUCACCACUCUCUCGAUGCAUAUCUCUACAUGCGUUUCCUAAAGGUACUCACUUUGAUGGCCUUUGUAGGUGCCGUUAUUACCUGGCCUGUUCUCUUCCCUGUCAACGCCACAGGUGGUGGUGGCGAAUCUGGUCUGGACAUUCUCAGCUUCUCCAACGUCGAGAAUGAAGCACGCUACUUUGCCCACGCAUUAAUUGCUUGGAUUUUCUUCGGCUGGGUCUUAUUCCUUAUCUACAGAGAAAUGCUGUACCUGGUCAAACUCCGAAAAGCUUACUGCUUGACCACAUGGAAUGCGAGUCGCAUCUCCCAGCGUACAGUCCUCUUUACCGAUGUCCCGCAAGAGUCUCUAUCUCUUGAAGAGCUUCAUAACAUGUUUCCCAGAGUCGCCCAAAUCUGGCUUGUUCCGAAUGUGAACGACCUAGAUGACGAUGUCGCAGACCUCGACAAGGCUGUCAUUAAACUUGAGGCCGGCGAAACAAAGUUCAUGCAAAAGGUCACCAAACAGCAAAAAAAGAAGGGCAGUGAGAAAGGCACAUAUGACAAGGCAUUGCGCCCAACACACAAGACCAAGUUUUUGAUUGGUAAAAAGGUGGACUCAAUUGAUUACUUUCGCAACCAGAUCAAGGAACUGCUCCCCAAGGUCCAGACUGCGCAACGUUCGCAUCUCGCUGGGAAGGAAAAGCUUGACAGCGCGGUAUUCAUCGAAUUUGACACGAUAAUCGCGGCUGAGGCCGCCUUCAACACAAAUCAACAUCGCAGGCCUACCAAGUUUAGCUCUAGACAGAUGGGUGUUUUGCCGGAGGAAGUCAUCUGGAAGAAUCUCAACAUGGGCUCCAAAACCAGAUCUCUGCGCCACCUCCUCGCCACAAUCUUUAUUUCAGCUAUGAUUCUCUUCUGGUCUAUCCCUGUUGCUGUAGUUGGUUCCAUCAGCAACAUCAACUACCUCACAGAGAAUGUGCCGUUUUUGUCAUUUAUCAACGAAAUUCCCGAGGUUAUCCUUGGUGUCGUGACUGGACUCUUGCCAGUCGUUGCACUCGCUAUUCUCAUGGCUUUAGUCCCCGUCAUCUGUCGCGUCGUUGCCAAGUUGGCCGGUGCAGUCACCAUCUCCCAGGUCGAACAACAAACACAGAAAUGGUACUUUGCCUUUCAAGUUGUUCAAGUUUUUCUCAUUACAACGUUCACCUCGGCUGCCGCGGCAGUAGCCAGCCAGAUCGUCUCCGACCCCAAAAGUGCCGUCGGUCUGCUAUCCAAGAACCUACCAAAGGCCUCCAACUUUUACAUUUCGUAUUUCAUCCUCUUCGGUCUAGCUAUAUCUUCGAAGCAUCUUUUCAAUAUUGGGGGCUUGGUGGGCGUCGUUAUUCUAAGCAAAUUCGCCAAAACGCCGAGGAAGAAGUACAAUCGUUAUGUGGCAUUGGGCGAACCAUCCUGGGGCGCAGAGUACCCGAAAUGGACAAAUUUGGGCGUCAUUGCCAUCUGCUAUGCCACGAUUGCGCCGCUUGUUCUGGGCUUUGCAGCAGUCGGUAUCGGAAUGAUUUACGUUGCGUUCCGAUACAACAUGAUGUACGUUCACGACACGCAAAUCGAUACCAAGGGAGGGUUCUAUGCGCGCGCUCUGGAACAGCUCAUGGUUGGAGUAUACCUUGGAGAACUCUGUCUGCUGGGUCUUUUUGGUAUUGGUAUCGGUGGUAGCAUUACCUCUGUUGGGCCGACCGUCCUUCAAAUGGUGUUGAUCAUUGCAACGGUCAUCUUCCACAUCUUCAUGAAGCGAAAGGUUAAGCAGUUGAACCUGCUCGACGACUCUGAGCAUUCGGGGCAACUGAGCAAUGCCGAAGCCGGACAUUUUUCUACCGCCAACCGCGUGUCUCCUGGGUAUAAGAAAGAUGGUAUCCGGUCUGAUCAAGCUCUUGUUUCCCGCUACAAUAGCGAGCAGCGAGCUAUCAAAGGCUCUGAAGCUGCUGGUAUUGCACCUCCUGCCGACGCCCCAACACAGCGAUCGUUGUUAAAGAGGAUAUUCGCACCACAUACGCUAUCUACUAGCGAUAUCUCUGCAUCUCUCGCAACUCGAUUUUGCCGCCCUGUCCCACCAUAUACGAAAAAAGAAGUCAUUGAGGCCUACCUGCAUCCAGUCUUAGCUGAACGCCAAGACGUCAUAUGGCUCCCCAGGGAUCGUCCUGGCAUCAGCAAGCACGAGGUUGCUGAGCUACAGGAGGACCUUGGCAUAUUUGGAACUCGAGUCACUGAUGAAGGCGCUAUCAUGAAUGAGAAAGGCAAGGUAGAGUGGGAUAUUGACAGUGUACGGAAGGCGCCGCUUUGGAAGCAUCGAGUUGUUUAUUAA